CGGUCCCCCUUCCCCUCCCCGCCACCGUCGCAAUUUGCCUCCUCGCCCCGUAAGCCAGAUGAUUAUGUGUCCGACAAAGUGUUGCGUUACCUUCUUAUGCGAAUGUCGCUACGGGGAGCACAUUCGGGCAUGGCGUUAAAUCAUGGCAAGACGAAACAAGCCCAUCUGACGUCACCGAAUCUCCCCCACCCAUCCCCCCAAUAAGAUGCCCCUCUGUCAGUCAGCCAGUCAGGCCAACAGGCCCGCCUUCACCUCCUAAGCCGCAAUUCCACGACACGCCCACCCGUGCCUCACCGCCACCGGACAUGCGGACAAAUCCGGACACGGAGCGUCGACCGCCUCCACUACCACCCGCACCAAAGAGGGCCGUAGACCUUAAACCCGAUUUCCCGCCUGUACCCACCCAUAAAAGGUCAAAAUCGGACGGAAAGGUCUCGUUUGGGGAGGACAUCGCAGAUAUGGGGAGACCCGCGUUGGAAAAGAAGUCAUCUUUCCCCCUGGGAGAGGGGGAGAAGGACGAUUCAAAAGCAUCUCGCCCCGAGCUUCCGCCGAGACCCACGGGCUUGAAAAAACCCGCGAACACCGGCCGUGUUAGUAAUGACGUCGGCUUGACCAAAAAUGCCCCGAACAAACCUAAGUCUACGACGUUACCGAGGCCUUCCGUGACACCACCCCCUCCCAGGAGACAAGACUCAGACACAACAGUCAAAGUAUCCUGCAAACCCUCGCCAACGAUUUCCAAGCUAAGUCGCCUUCUGUCAUUUAAAAUCCUUGGAGCGUUUUCAUUGGUCAGCACAAUUUACCCACCAAAAAAGGACGAGCCCUUACUUAAGGUGCAAGAAAACAGCGAAGUUGGCGACACCCCAGCACCGGAAAUACCUCCUCGAAACUACAGCAGCCCGGUCCCCGUGAGCCAGUUCCCGCGCAGAGUUCAGGCGCUGUAUGAUUGCGAGGCUGACAAUGAUGACGAGCUUUCAUUUAUGGAGGGUGACGUCAUUCUCGUCAAAGGCGAAGGUGAAGACGCCGAGUGGUGGCUUGGAGAGCUGGAGAGAAAGCCUGGGAAUAGCGGCGUUUUCCCGAUCAGUUUUGUUCGCGUGCUCUCGGAAUAAUCCAAGAACCCCUCGUCAGUCAACCAAUUUCGUCCACGUUUUCUUGGACAAUUUCCGAGAAAUUCGGACAGCUUCCAAAGCAGAUAACUUCCAGUAACUGUCGCUCGACAAAGCUGUAGUCAAGAUAGAGAUUAUUGCUUCACUAAGUUUGCUGGGAUUGUAUUGUCGUAUGAGAUA